AUGAUCUCCGGUCCGACACUUUACAACGCUUUCAAGCAACGUCAAGCCUACAUUGCAUCAUGCAUCCUCUUCAACUCCAUGGACGAACCCGUUUACCGGGAAGCCAUCGUGACAUUCAACAUGAAAAUUGCAGAAUGGAAGGGUGUCAAAGCUGGCAUCAAGGCUAUAAAUCGCGUCUAUUCGAGCGAACAGCAACGUAUCUACAGCCAGUUCCUCACGUUCGAUCGGGUCAAGGAGAUGUGGCGUCUUCAUAAGGCUGUCGAAUACUUCGCAGAACGCCUUCCCUCGUCUCUUAUUCGAAAUCAUCCAGUCGUCAAGUACAAAAAUGCAUAUUCUAUCAACACUAAUGUUCGGGUGCGGUUUCAGCGUGCGCUGUAUCGCUUGGACGCGUGUUUGAAGAUCACGGAGCUCAUGAUUGCCUCGCAGCUACAUGAUAAUCAUGGGAAGAACAGAGCCCCGACGGAAGAGGAGCAUAAGGAGGCUCACUGGGUUCAUUGCCUGAAAGAUCUGGAGGAACACCGUAUUCUCAAGGCUUUUCACAGCCAAUACUCUGCUGUGGAGAUUGAGCAGCUGACUAGCAUCUGUGGUAUGCUGGUUACCGAGAUCGCGCCAUCUUUCAACACCUUUCUCGAACGCGAUAUCGAACUGGGUACCCAGCUGCCAUACUACAUCACUCAUGCCCUGUGCCCUGGAUCAAUGAGUCUUAUUUCUCAAGGCCUCCCCUUUCUGAAAGACUUCCUCACUGCCGGGUCGCGACCUCUGAGAGCAAAAGUCAUGCGAAGGAUUAAUCCACCCAUUGAUUGGAACCCCAAUCUCCCAACCAGACCCCCUUUCCCCGGUAACGACGAGCAGCUCACCUGCAUUGUCCACGAUUACGAGGGGACUCCCGGCAAAUGGGCACGGAUGGACACUCCAGACUUCAUGAUGCGAACUCCCUUCAUCAAAGAUCCCGAUCCCGGACCAGAGUGUGCUUGGCACGUCCUAAGUCGCUAUGCAAUCUUUCUGAACGAAUCCGAUGAAGAAGUUACCCCUUACCAGUCACUUCCAUGGGGGUACGUCUUCUGGGACAUCGAUAUGUUCGAAAAGGCCGAGUUUACCCACAUCAGAAUCGAACACCACAAUGAAUUCGGGUUCACCCUCGAAGCAAAUCACCCAAUCCACGAUUCCUGGCAGCCCCUAGCUAAAUGGGAUUCCAAUAUGGCUACUGACCGGUUGCUCAUGUCCAGCCAGGAGAAGGUCUACCUCAAGAACCGUGGUGAAACGGGAUACUUCAACUUUGACUCCUGGAUUCUUGAGACUGAAGCGCAUUUGUUCCAGGAGUUGAACAACAUGCCACGGGAAGUGCUGGCGAAUGCCAUGCGUGAUAUGGCCACACCUGAACUACUGCAGCAGUUUUUCCAAACCAUGGAGGCUCAGCACCCUGAGAUUGUUCAAAUGGCCAUCGAUCUGUCGACAGCUGGGGUCGGAAAUGCUUGGGUCGCAGGCACUCUGACUGAAACUCCAGUUCCUGAGGAUGAGAAUGAGGAUGAUGCGAACUGAGGACUCAAGGAUACGAGACUAUUGCAUGACGGUUGAAGACUGGAAGACAAGCCAUCUUUUAGGCAGCGAAACGUCGGUUU